CUUUUGUGACAAAGACGAAGCGAUUCCCUUCCUAUCUCGACCUAUCCGCCGUUCGCUUUGAACCACACACCUUCAAUAAUGUCUACGUUAGAAGAUCUCGAUGAUCUCGAGCGUGAGCAGAAGGAAGACAAGAAGGAUGACGGCGACAAGGAGAAGAAGCCAAACCAAAAUGGCGAUGCGGAGAUGAAGGACGCAGAGCCAGAGGAGAAAGAAGAAGACCCAAUAGAUGAGGAGAUCUACAGCCUAAGCACACAAGAUAUCCUCACGCGGAGACGGCUGUUGGAGAAUGAUUCACGAAUUAUGAAGAGCGAAUUCCAGCGUCUUUCACAUGAGAAGGCUGCGAUGGGCGAGAAGAUCAAGGACAACCUGGAUAAGAUUGAGAACAACAGACAACUACCGUACCUUGUUGGUAAUGUCGUUGAACUGCUCGAUCUCGACCCAACCGCCGAAUCACAGGAAGAAGGUGCUAAUAUUGAUCUGGAUGCUACACGAGUUGGAAAGUCAGCCGUGAUUAAGACUUCUACCAGACAAACCAUCUUCCUUCCCUUGAUUGGUCUGGUGGACCCCGAGAAGCUGAAGCCCGGAGAUCUGAUCGGUGUAAACAAGGACUCAUACCUGGUAUUGGACACAUUACCUGCAGAAUAUGACAGCAGAGUGAAGGCAAUGGAGGUUGAUGAGAAGCCAACGGAGAAGUACACAGAUGUUGGAGGAUUGGAUAAGCAGAUUGAGGAAUUGGUUGAGGCUAUCGUUUGGCCAAUGAAGGAGGCUGAGCGGUUCAAGAAGAUUGGCAUCAAGGCUCCCAAGGGUGCAUUGAUGUACGGCCCUCCUGGUACCGGAAAGACCCUGUUAGCACGAGCCUGCGCUGCCCAAACCGACGCCACCUUCCUAAAGCUUGCCGGACCACAACUUGUACAAAUGUUCAUUGGUGAUGGUGCUAAACUCGUACGAGACUGCUUCGCCCUUGCAAAAGAGAAGGCUCCAGCGAUCAUUUUCAUCGAUGAGUUGGACGCCGUAGGAACCAAGCGUUUCGACAGUGAGAAGAGUGGAGACAGAGAAGUGCAGAGAACUAUGUUGGAGCUUCUCAAUCAACUGGAUGGUUUUGCUUCGGAUGAUCGUAUUAAGGUCCUUGCUGCUACAAACAGAGUCGACGUUCUCGAUCCUGCUCUACUCCGUUCCGGACGUCUAGACAGAAAGAUCGAAUUCCCUCUUCCCAACGAAGAAGCACGAGCUCAGAUCUUGAAGAUUCACAGCAGAAAGAUGACGGUCGACGAUGCAGUCAACUGGCCAGAGUUGGCACGAAGUACGGAUGAGUUUGGUGGUGCACAAUUGAAGGCUGUCUGCGUGGAGGCGGGUAUGAUUGCAUUGAGAAUGGGGAAGAACAAGAUCAGUCACGAGCAUUAUGUUGAUGCUAUUGCAGAGGUCCAGGCUAAGAAGAAGGACACUGUCAAUUUCUACGCAUAAUGGGAGGUCUGGCUUGUACGAGGAUAGGGAGUUUGGCAUGGCUUGCAUAUUGAGCCCUGUAUUCAUAGACAUAUCAUGGACAACUUUCAUGGACGAACUUCAACUCCAUUGAGAACGUUGUUGAUGAGAAUUUGAUUUAAUACGCUGUGGAGAGUUUUCCUUAAUUCCCCAUCACGGACUCAUCUUCUUGCUCGCUGAUACCCUACUCUGCAAAGAUCCAAUUCCGUACACGGGGACAAUUCCAAUUCCCACCAGCCCUUUGCAGCUUUCCUGCCCACGAAUGCGUCGUAAAUGUCUAUGG